GUACAAAGGACCAGAGAGCCCAGACCCAGCAGACCUACAUGUUCCUGAGAAUCUGACUCUUCACCCUCGGGGAGACCUACUCCUGCCUGGAAAACAGCUGACUUCCACCGGUCCACACACAGCAUGGACUCCCUAAUCGGGGACUCAGACCCCAACCUGUUCCCCAUGUCCAUGAGGACGGAGACCGCCUUCUCCCGGGACCAGAACCCUAUGGAUAUGGACCAGGAAGGGUACAUUGGAAAAGACCAGAAACUGUUCAGCGACAACACUCUGGAUCUCCUCCAGGACUUUGAGUUGACAGGCUCCCCCUCAGACUUUUACGUAGGGGACGACGCCUUCCUCUCCUCCCUGGCUGAUGACACUCUGCUGGGGGAUGAGAGCCAGGAUCGUGGGGUCUCCAACUCCACCUCCAAGCCAGCUGCUACUAUGACCAAUAGUGGUAGUUUUAGCGGUUCCAACACCACCACAUUGAAUGGUAGCAGUCUACUAGCAUGUCAGGAUGAGUCCAACUCCAGCACCUCUAUGACAACCACCGCCACCUUUCCCAUGGUGAAGAUGGAGAAGGAAUCUGGCUUCAUCCAGCUGUGUACUCCAGGGGUGAUCAAACAGGAGAAGACGUCGGCCAUGCGUAGCUACUCCUGCCAGAUGAGUGGUAGUACCGGCGGCUCCACUUCCUCUUCUCCCUCCGAGCUGUCCAGCGCCAGCCCCAGCCCCAUCUCCAUCUGUGGGGUGAGCACCUCUGGAGGACAGAGCUACCACUUUGGAGGCAACAGCAGCAUCAACACCCCCUUGGCUUCCACUACCAGUGGAGCUUCUCAGCAGAAGGACCAGAAGCCCUCAGUGUUCAGCCUGUAUCCUCCGCUGGUGACAGUAGGAGAGGCCUGGAACAACAUUAGCUAUGGGGAUGGAGCUUCUGGAAUGCAAGGCCUCUCCAGCCCUACCUCCGCUUUCUCCAGCAGCUAUGCCAGUUCUACCUCCAAGCAUGGUGGUGGCGCUGCGUCAUGUACAACCCAGGGCAAGGCCGGGACCACCCAUAAGGUCUGUCUGGUGUGUUCAGAUGAGGCGUCUGGCUGUCACUACGGGGUGCUCACCUGCGGAAGCUGCAAGGUGUUCUUCAAGAGAGCCGUGGAAGGUACAGGGGCAAGGGGGCAACACAACUACCUGUGUGCUGGGAGGAACGACUGCAUCAUCGAUAAGAUCAGAAGGAAGAACUGUCCAGCCUGCCGCUUCCGCAAGUGUCUCAUGGCAGGGAUGAACCUAGAAGCUCGUAAAACCAAGAAGCUGAACCGUUUAAAGGGGGUACAGCAGCCCACCAUGGCCGAGCUGACCCCCCAUCCUCUCCCAGAGGCCAGGUCGCUGGUCCCCAAGUCCAUGCCCCAGCUCACCCCCACCAUGCUGUCCCUACUAAAGGCCAUCGAGCCAGACACCAUCUACUCUGGCUACGACGGCACCCUGCCAGACACCUCCACCCGCAUCAUGACCACCCUCAACAGGCUGGGGGGACGACAGGUGGUAUCAGCCGUCAAGUGGGCCAAGGCACUGCCAGGGUUCCGGAACCUUCACCUGGACGACCAGAUGACUCUGCUGCAGUGUUCCUGGUUGUUCCUCAUGUCCUUCGGCCUGGGCUGGAGGUCCUACCAACAGUGUGACGGGAACAUGCUCUGCUUCGCUCCAGACCUCGUCAUCAACCAGGACCGUAUGAAGCUGCCCUACAUGGCAGACCAGUGUGAACAGAUGUUGAAGAUCUCCAGUGAGUUUGUCAGACUGCAGGUGUCUCAUGACGAGUAUCUGUGUAUGAAGGUUCUGCUGCUGCUCAGCACCGUGCCAAAGGAUGGUCUGAAGAGUCAGACAGUGUUUGAUGAGAUCAGGAUGUCCUACAUCAAGGAGUUGGGGAAGGCCAUCGUCAAGAGAGAGGAAAACUCCAGCCAGAACUGGCAACGCUUCUACCAGCUCACCAAGCUUCUUGACUCCAUGCACGAGAUGGUUGGUGGGCUGCUGGAUUUCUGCUUCUACACGUUUGUCAACAAGUCACUGUCGGUGGAGUUUCCAGAAAUGUUAGCAGAGAUCAUCAGCAACCAGUUACCAAAAUUCAAAGCCGGGAGCGUCAAGCCCCUCCUCUUCCACCAGAAAUGACUGUGUGGUGCUUCCGCCACUGGCCGUGUCCACCACCGAGACACAAUGCCUUAAAAUCCCCUCACCUUCCCCUGACAGAGGGAGACAGGGAAGAAGAGAGGCUGUUUUGGGAGAAAUUAUACAAUGUACAGGGGUUUGCUGAUUUUGGGGGAUGAAACGAUCACCAUCGAGGAGGAAGGAGAGAUUUGUCAAGAGGCAGAAGACGAGACGGAGAGAGCAGAGGAUUUUUGUUUUGUUUAACAUCAAUGGUCUAUGAUCCAGUUAAUAGAAUACAGGUUUUCAUAAAGUUGAAGUAUAAUCAAGGACUAAACUAACCCUUUGUGUUUUCUCAGGUGUUUGACCCGCAGAACUUAACAAUAUCUAGAUGAAAUAAGUAUCUAUAUACAGAUUAUUAAGAUGAUGAUGUCUUACGUUUCUGCUGCCACAGUAUAUACAGUUUAUUAUACAGGUCAUUUCUUACCUCGGCACAGGUAACACUAUAACUAUCUUGUAAUGUUAUCCAACAGGUUAACCCACUGUGUAUUCCUCUACCUGUUGCUGUUUUUAGGACGUUGUUGUAACAGAGUUCAUUAUCAAAUCACACAAAUCUCAUUUUCCAAAGGCAUGUUGCAUUGAUAUUGUUUUAUAUAAUGAAAGCGUACAGUACACAGUUGGCAGAGCUAUCUUUGUGUACGUUAAGCUUCCUGCUGGCUGCCAGGUUUACACACCGUCGAUCAGAAAAAGGGAGAGGGGGAAAAAAGUGCCUUUUUUUAGCUUAAAGUCUGGUUUUAGCCGUUCUCUCUCUGACUGUCCGAGGAUGUUCUUCUUUCACCAUCACGGUUGACCCUCAGUGUAUGGGAUUGUUUUGUUUCUAUUACAUGCCGUUGCAGUCAGUUUAACUUUUUAAAAUGGCUGCCGUGUUCGUCUGUUGCUAUUGUAGCUCAGUUAUGGCUCCUCAGUGUGAACUAUAACAAUAAGAUCAGUAGAUUUAAAUAAUACUCCCAAUCUGCAUACAGUAUUCACCUGAUCUCUUGUACACGUCUCAUUUUUAAAUACAAUUUUAGUACAAUGACUCCCCCUACCAUUGUUUGUAAAAGGAAGCUAUUAAUUGUCACCUUUUUGAACUUAUUUUUGUCAGCAAAAGUACUUUUGUCCAUCGAUGAACUAAUAACCUCUUCCUGUUGCUUUUGUUUUUGAAUGUGUCGGAGAGAGCGACGCGUCAGCCAAUCAAAAAUGGAGAGUGCAGAUUCCACUUUUUAUUUUUAUAAUUUUUUAUGUAUCGACAGCCCCAAAACCAGAAGAGCUGGUUGCUAUGGUUUCCACUAAGAUUUGAUGGGAAAAUGGCUGUUCUUGAAUGUAGUUCUACAGUAGUUCAUGGUCUCUUAAGGAGAAUAUAAAUAGUAACAGUCCAAGUCAGAGGGCCCAGUGUUGACCCUCAAUACUCUACAUGCUGGUUUCUGUAUGAACACACUGGUGUUUGAAUGGAUAGUAGAGUGGUGUGUGUGUGUGUGAAUGAAACAUGGGUAACUUGUCAUUAUUCAUCCUUAUAGCGCUUACAUUCUGGCAACAGUGACAUAUCACUGACAUAUCAGACAAUUAGACCAUUUUAUGAGAUGAAAACCAGCAAUACACAGGGGGUUCUGGAGAGGUGGACACGGAUGGACCCUUCUCUAGGACAACCUCCCAUUGCUGCUCACACAACAACCCCUUACCCACCCAGGCAUCUUGCUUACAACAUCUCAGCUCUUAUUGUUUCUCUCUCGCACUCUCUGUGUGUGUGUGUGUGCGUGACACAAAGGUUUUCCAGUAAAGCACUUAGUACUAACUUCGUUCUCUGACAUCUUGUUUCUCACUCAAACUGUGAGCACGUCACAAAUUACUCCCUGUUCCCUUUGUAGUGUGUUACUUUUGACCAGGGCAAGGCUCUGGUCCAAAGUAGUGCACAAAAUAGGGAAUAGGGUGCUAUUUCAGACCGUAGUCUGUAGCUUAGUGGAUGAGGAGGGGAAGAGACAUAAACCAGGAGAUAUUUUGACCCGGCAACAAAGGACUGGGGUUUCCCAACCCUGUUCUAAGGGAAAAUGGUUUUCUUCUAAAAAAACAAACAUGUUUUCAUUGUAAUGUAAUUGGGGUUGUCACAUUCCGUACAUUUGAGGGGAAUUUGUGAGAAUUGUUAACCCGAGACCUGAAGCCAUUGAGAAGGUGGGAUGUGUUCUAACCUGCGUUUAAAAAAAUGCCAUUCUAGUUAUUUGUUUGUUGUUAUUGGAUUUAUUUACAUGUUGGAAAACUGACUUCUCUUAUUUUCAGAUUUUUCAUACACGAUGCCAACAUCUAAUAAGAAGCUAUACGUUAGUGAUUCUUAAGAACAACUAUUCCAUACUCAGGUUGUUGUCAUUGGUUAAAAGUGUAUGUGGUCAUCUAUGUUCACUGAUGAAACUGUUUAAAACCAAAAACUUUUCAGUUUUGAUUCCCAGAGUGUUUUUCUGACAAUGAAUUAACAGUCAGGUUAAAUAAAAGCUCCUGGCCGUUCAGGUACGUUAGUUUCAUGCAUACUGGACAUGCCAAAAUCAUUCGAUUUUUCAAACUACUUGAUUAACCAUUGUUAACUUCCCAAUCUAUCCUAAAGGAAAACAUUUAUUUUCUUUCAAUGGUGAUACAAAAGUAGUUCAAUAAAAUUAGAAAAUGAGUUCUCCCCAUUUAAACUGCUUGUGCAUUUCCUAUGGGUUACUUUCACAUUCAGUGUGGCUGUAAAUCAUUCUCUGCUGUUGCCUUUCAUAUAACCGGUAUGAAACCACAAACUACUCUCCUCCCCUUAUCCAAAAAUGUAUUGGUCUCUGUGGAAUUGUAUUGUGCAGUACUUUUUUUUUUUUUUUUUACAAGAAAAUCUGAAAAUAUGCAAUAGAAAUGACAAAUACCUGAGUUACAUGUGUUGCUCUAAACAGAGAUUAUAGACAUGUACUGUCAUUUUCUUUUUCUUUUCCAAUAUAAGCUAUUUUAGACAGAAAAUGUUCACUUUAGUGAAUGAACUCUGCAGGACAGAUUUUCAGGAAAACUUUCAAGUGUCAAUAUAUACCAUUUUUGAUUUAGACAGAGUUCCAGUAUAUUAGAUUGUAUAACAGGUGGCCAAAGCAAAUCCAGACUCAAAAGUUUCCCUGUAGUUUCAGUAGCUCUUGGAACGACAGACGUACAGGACUAUCCUAUAACACAUUUUAUAUGUAUUUUUUUGUGUACUAAUAUUAUGAAUAUAGUAGUCAGUCAAAAAAAAAAAACUUCACACAAACUGUUUUGUGAAAGUAAUCAACCAGCUUUGAACCUGACCAUUUGCACUACCCCAAAUAUUAUUUAGAAAUUAUAUUUUGUAUAAAACAGACGGUCACUUUAGAAACGUCUUAUCAAGGGCAGAAUGAUGAUGAUGAUGAUCUGGUAUAUGCUUUCCUUUGAAGAUGGCUUGUUUAGCUUAUAGACUAUUUCAAUGAUGUAACCCAAUGUAAAGAAAAACAGUGUGUUGUAUUACUCCCACAAAUAAUAAUACUUUCUAUAUCUGUAUUAUUGCUCAUCUGUAGUAGAUCAUGUUGAUGCUUUUCCUUCCAUUAAAUGUUGAACUACG